AUGUUGUCGUCACCGCUUCACCAAUCACCACUCAACAAAUUGCAUAACAUCCACUCAUUAGGACCAGCACAAUUGCCACAAUCACAGCAAAAGAUGUCGCAGACAGCGAACUCCGCUUCUUCCGCUGUGAAGAAAGAAACGGUUGUUUACGACUCGUCGGCAUCAGUUUUUAUUAAUAAGCAAUCAAAGUCUGGACCCACCCUUGCUGAGGCGGAAGAAGACCUUGACAUACCUAACAAUACUGUUCGCAUCGGCUCGAGAAAAUCCCAGCUGGCUGUCGUUCAAUCUGAAAUUGUUGGUUCGGGCAUACAAAAGCUUUAUCCAAAUUUACAAACUCCCAUUGUCAAAUUGAGCACUUUGGGUGACCAAGUGCAAAAUAAACCGCUGUACUCAUUUGGCGGUAAGUCGCUAUGGACCAAAGAGUUGGAGAUUCUUCUACUUCAGAGCUUUGGUGAGUUCGAACAAAUAGACAUGAUUGUCCACUCGCUUAAGGACAUGCCUACUAGUCUACCAGACGAAUUCGAACUCGGAUGCAUUCUCCAAAGAGAAGUCAUGAGAAAAGGUUCCCCGUACAAGUCCCUUUCUGACCUGCCAGACGGUUCUGUGGUGGGAACUUCCUCCGUUAGAAGAUCCGCGCAGUUACUGAAGAACCAUCCAAACUUGACUUUCAAGAGCAUCAGAGGAAACCUUAAUACCAGAAUUAGCAAACUUGAUGCUCCGGAUUCCGAUUACGCAUGUGUCAUUCUGGCCGCUGCUGGCCUGAUCAGAAUAAAUAUGGGCCACAGAAUUACGCAAUUCUUGGGGCCUGAUGAGAUGCUUUACGCUGUUGGACAGGGAGCUCUUGGAGUUGAAAUCCGUAAAAAUGAUCCCAAGAUGAAAAAAAUUUGUCAACGGUUGGAUUGCAAGUCGACCUCAAUUAGAUGCCGUGCUGAAAGAGAACUCCUGCGCACUUUAGAAGGAGGAUGCUCUGUUCCAGUGGGAGUUUGGUCCGAUUAUAACAAAGACACCCACGAAUUGUACAUGAAAUCUGUUGUGCUAAGUGUCGAGGGAACGCAAUCUGUUGAGAAGAUCUUAACUAGAAAGGUCGAGAACUUUGAAGAAGCUGUUGCAUUUGGUCAUGAGCUGGCAUUGUUGCUGAUUAAUGGAGGCGCCAAAGCCAUUUUAGAUGAAAUCAAUUACGACAAAAUUAAUGAGGUCAAGCAACAGGGACUUACAAACGUGUGA